AUGGGCUCUCAUGGAGAUGCCAGCAAAGCACCCGGAAUCCGCUUCCUCGAGCGGGCCAGUGGCUCCGUGCUCAGCUUCAGAACCCAGCAGGCCAUCGUCCUCUUCCUCACCUUCCUCUCCUACGCCUGCUACCACGCUGCCAGGAAGACCACCAGCAUCGUGAAGACCGUCCUUCUCCCCGACUCGCCGGAGCCUUGCUCCGCCGGCGGCGGCGGCUGCGGCUGGGCCCCGUUCGACCUCCCCGAAGGCACCGCCAUGCUCGGCGAGAUCGACGUCGCUUUCCUCUCCGUCUACUCUCUGGGGAUCUUCCUCGCCGGCCACCUGGGGGACCGUCUCGACCUGAGGAAGUUCCUGGCAGUGGGAAUGGCGGGCACCGGCCUGUUCACCUUCUUCUCCGGCGCCGGCUACUGGCUGAACAUCCACAGCUUCUCCUACUACCUGGUGGUGCAGAUGCUCGCCGGAGUGUUCCAGUCGACGGGGUGGCCGACGGUGGUGGCGGUGGUCGGGAGGUGGUGCGGGAAGAGCAAGAGAGGGCUGAUCAUGGGGAUUUGGAACGCCCACACCUCGGUGGGGAACAUCAUGGGGUCUCUGAUUGCGGCGGCGCUGCUGAAGUACGGCUGGGGGUGGUCCUUCGCCGUCCCCGGAUUCCUCAUCGCCGCCGCUGCAGCGGUCGUCUUCCUGUUUCUCCCCGUGAGCCCUGAAGCUGCGAGGACCUCUCGGGAGGGGGAAGAUGAAGGGAUGAAGUCGCCGGGGAAGGAGGCUCUUCUGGGAGAGAGAGAGGAGGAGAAGGAAGAGGAGAGAGCGGUGGGUUUCAUGGAAGCUUUGAAAAUCCCCGGCGUAGCUCAGUUCGCCCUCUGCCUCUUCUUCUCUAAGCUCGUAGCCUACACCUUCCUCUACUGGCUCCCCUUCUACCUCAACCAGACUGGUAGCCUCUCUCUCUCUCUCUCUCUCUCUUCCUCUCUCUCUCCCUUUAACGAUAAGAUAAUCCUCGGUGCUCGCAGAGAUCGACGGCGAGUAUCUCUCCGACUCCGUGGCCGCCAACCUGUCGACGCUGUUCGACGUCGGAGGGGUCGCCGGCGGGAUCCUCGCUGGCCACAUCUCCGACCGGCUGGAGGCCCGCGCCAUCACCGCCGCCGGCUUCACCUACUGCGCCAUCCCCGCCCUCUUCCUCUACCGCAUCUACGGCGGCGUCUCCCUCCUCUGCAACGCCGCCCUUAUGCUCGCUGCCGGCGUCUUCGUCAUCGGCCCCUACGCCCUCAUCACGACCGCCGUCUCCGCCGACCUCGGCACCGGCGGCGGCGCCGCCACCCUGAAAGGGAACUCCCGGGCCCUCGCCACUGUCACCGCCAUCAUCGACGGCACCGGCUCCGUGGGGGCGGCGCUGGGGCCGCUCAUGGCGGGCUACGUAUCCCGCAGAAGCUGGAGCGACGUGUUCGAGAUGCUCAUGGCCGCCGCCUUCGUCGCCGGCCUCCUGCUGACGAGGCUCGUUGUGGCAGAGGUCAACGCCAAGAUUGACGCCUCCAGAUCGAGGGCCGCCCGAGAUUGGCCGGCACCGCCGGAGGUGUAG